UAUUUGUAUUACUGCAUCGAAAAGCUUUUAGAAAAGUCAAUGAUCAUCUUCGUGGCCACUUGCGAAUCUUGUCAUAAAAUACAUCUUAUGUUGAACGAGCUGAACAUCUUAAGCACUCCUUUGCACUCAAAAAUUACUCAAUCUCAGAGAACUUCGUCGCUUGCACGCUUUCGAGGAGGGGCAGUGCCCAUCCUCGUUGCGACCGACGUGGCCAGCCGCGGGUUGGACAUUCCUCUCGUGGAUUGCGUAAUUAAUUUUGAUCUUCCUUUGAAGGAGGAUGAUUAUAUUCAUCGCGUGGGUAGGACAGCCCGAGCGGGGGGGUUAGGAAAGUCUUUGACGAUUGUAUCUCAGUUUGACGUUAAGCGCUUUUUGAAUAUUGAAAAAAGAAUUAGUUUAAAUUUAUAAAUUUAUAUUUUUUGCAACUAAUUUUCUUUUGAAUUAUGGAAGAGAAAAAAUGGAAGAAUUGGAUUUAAAUGAAGAUCUUGUUUUAAAAGGGUUGAAAAAAACUACGAAAGCGAUGCGCAUUGCUGAUUUGAAAAUGGAGGAUAGUGAGUUCGGAGCAAAACAGAAGAGAAAUGCGGAAAAGCAGAAAAUUUUGGAAAAAGGAAAAUCGCAAGCAAAAAAAAAUGAAGUGAAUAUUUUUUUCUUGUAGAAAUAGUGAUACUUUUUAAUUUAAU